UAAAAUCCGGUGCGGGCGGAAUUGGAGGAUGUAAAGGCAACUUCAAACCUGUUCUGGUGCAAAGCUUCUUGCCUGGAUAUUUCCCCUCCAAUUUGGUCAGAUUAUGGAUGUGUGUUCAAGUUCUACUAUGCAUUCUGUCUUGCUUGAAGAAACAGAAAAAAUAGAGGAACAAGUCAAGUUCCAAGAAAAUGAAUCAAUUCCCAAGUUACAGGAAAAUGUUGUUCAUUCCCGUGUUACAGGAGAAUGCCAAGACAACAAAAAAGAGCUCAAUGAUGAAGGAUCCUCUUCUCUUCCAAGUCCCCAGAAAUUUCUUCCUACAAAUUAUGCUAGUUAUACUAAGGAAUAUUAUUCAUAUGCAGGAAAGAAUAUUAUUAUUCAAGAAUCAAUAGAGAGCUAUGGAGCUGUAGUGUGGCCAGGUGCUGUAGCUUUGUGCCAAUAUUUGGAACAACACAGUGAAGAACUCAAGUUCCAAGAUGCCACAGUAAUUGAAAUUGGGGCUGGACCAGGCCUUGUCUCAAUUGUGGCUAGUCUAUUAGGAGCACAUGUCACUGCAACUGAUCUUCCCGAUGUGCUAGGAAACCUUCAAUAUAAUAUUUUAAAAAAUACCCACAAAUCUACAAUGCAUCAACCUGAAGUGAGAGAACUAGUAUGGGGGGAAGAUCUUGAACUGAACUUCCCCAAGUCAUCUUACUAUUAUGAUUUUGUCUUAGCCACUGAUGUGGUGUACCAUCAUUACUUUCUGGAUAAACUGCUGACGACAAUGAUACAUUUGUGUCAGCCAGGGACAGUGUUGCUCUGGGCAAACAAAUUCAGAUUCAGCACAGAUUAUGAAUUUUUGGAAAAAUUCAAGCAAAUUUUCAACACAACACUACUUGCUGAAUUUCCAGAGUCUACAGUCAAGAUUUUCAAAGCAACACUAAAAUGGGACUAAAAUGAAAUGGAAAUAUAAAGAAGAACGCUCUCCAUAUCUAGAGAAAGAACUAUGGGAGUAGAAACACAAG